CUUGCAUUACCUCUGGAAGAGAGAACCAUUGCCAAAUGACAAUGGCUAGCUUGGUUUGCUUUGUUCGUCGUCUUACGUUUCUCUUCGUCGCCUGUUGUUUUGGAUUGAUCUCGUUUUCUGCAGAAGCUGCCGUAAAGAGAUAUCAGUUUGAUGUUCAAGUGCAGAAUAUCAGUAGGUUAUGCCAUGCGAAGCCGAUUGUCACCAUAAACGGAAGGUUUCCAGGGCCGACGAUAUAUGUACAAGAAGGAGAUCGAGUUCUUGUUAAUGUUACAAACCAUGCUCAAUAUAACAUGUCGAUUCACUGGCAUGGGUUGAAGCAGUAUCGAAACGGGUGGGCAGAUGGACCUGCUUAUAUUACACAAUGUCCUAUUCAAAGAGGAAGCAGCUAUACCUAUGAUUUCAACGUCACAGGACAAAGAGGCACAUUAUGGUGGCAUGCACAUAUUCUUUGGCUAAGGGCAACUGUUUAUGGUGCAAUUGUCAUAUUGCCCAAGCAAGGAACACCUUAUCCAUUUCCUCAGCCAAACAGAGAAUUUGAAAUUCUUCUGGGAGAAUGGUGGAAUAAUGAUGUUGAGGCCAUUGUCAACCAAGGAUCCAGCAUGGGCGUGCCACCAAAUAUGUCCGAUGCUCACACAAUCAAUGGCAAGCCAGGGCCACUCUUCCCUUGUUCAGAAAAACAUACUUUUGCCAUGGAGGUUGAAGCAGGAAAGACGUAUCUCUUGAGAAUAAUCAACGCUGCCCUCAACGACGAGCUUUUCUUUGCGAUUGCUGGUCACAACAUGACGGUUGUGGAGGUUGAUGCAGUUUACACGAAACCCUUCACUACACAAGCUAUACUAAUUGCACCAGGACAGACCACAAAUGUCUUGGUGCAAGCCAACCAACCACCAAAUAGAUACUUCAUGGCUUCCAGGUCGUUCAUGGACGUUCCAAUUCCUGUGGACAACAAAACAGCCACCGGUAUUCUCCAAUAUAAAGGAAUCCCUAACACAAUUCUCCCAGUCCUUCCUCAAUUGCCGGCCUCAAAUGACUCGUCAUUUGCUUUGAGCUACAACAAAAAGAUCAAAAGCUUGAACACACCUCAAUAUCCUGCUAAUGUUCCACUCAAAGUUGAUCGAAAGCUUUUCUACACGAUUGGUUUGGGCCAAAACGCUUGCCCCACUUGCGUAAAUGGAACCCAAUUAGUUGCUUCAUUAAACAACAUCUCUUUUGUGAUGCCCCAAAUUGGUCUUCUUCAAUCUCAUUACUUCAAUAUCAGUGGAGUAUUUAGAACUGAUUUCCCAGACAGACCUCCGACUCCAUUCAACUAUACUGGAGCACCACUGACUGCUAAUCUGAGAACUGCAGUGGGCACAAGGCUUAGCAAGAUUGCAUUCAAUUCUACGGUCGAGCUGGUACUUCAGGACACCAAUCUUCUUACUGUCGAGUCUCAUCCAUUCCAUCUCCAUGGCUACAACUUUUUUGUCGUUGGAACCGGGAUCGGAAACUUCGAUCCAGCCAAAGAUCCAGCUAAGUACAACUUGGUCGAUCCAGUUGAGAGAAACACAGUUGGAGUUCCCACUGGAGGAUGGACCGCCAUCCGAUUUAGAGCCGACAACCCAGGAGUCUGGUUCAUGCACUGUCAUCUUGAGGUCCAUACAGGAUGGGGUCUGAAAACAGCAUUUGUUGUUGAAGACGGACCUGGAAAAGAUCAAUCCAUUCUUCCGCCCCCAAAGGAUCUUCCACCAUGCUAGCCUUUGUACCUGGAAAAAAGGAAGAAACAAGAGAAGAAAAAGGUGUGCGUGGAAAACACAGUGUUCGUUAGAGUCCUGCUCAAAUUGCAGGAAAUUUCUUUGCCACUUAAAUUUAUAAUAAGAUGCCAAAACAUUGCGUAUUGAUUUCAUUCUUUAUCAAGUGUAUUCAUUCAUAAAUCCAGAUCAAUGAUGCGUUUGAGGAACAGGAAA